AGUGCCUUGAAGGAAGUAUAAAAUGGAACAAAAUUUUGUUAGUUUAGAAAACUUUACGGAUUUUGUGUAUUAUGAUACAGAAUUUGAUAAAUCUCCGCCAGCUCGGGACUGGUGCGCCCACCUUGUACCCUGGUGGGGGGCCGGAGUAGGACAAGCUUCUCUUCUUCUCAUUCUUCUUAUUCUCUACAGACUCUUCAGAUUAUGCCCGAGUUUAAACUGUCCCCACGCUGCCAAUAUACUCACCCUGUACGUAAACCUAAGCUUGUGGGUUUGGGUCGUCUUCCUUAUCCUUGCCUUCACAACAUGUUCAAUAGGAUUAAACAAUGCGCUAGUGAUAACAGCAAUUGUAUUUGUUGCUGUAUUUGGCCUAGGCUCGGUUCUAGACUGCUUUUUUGGGACAGAAGGCUGGUAUUUGGUAGACUUGAAGCAUAUGACGGAUGCAAUCCAUCAACUAGAGAAGAUGAAAACUAGUCCUCCAGUACAGCGUGCACAUAUAGAAUAUUUUUUUAUAUCUCGAAAAGUGGUGACGUAUACAGAUCAUAGUGAUUUCCCCUUCUCCUCCUGGUCAGAUGUGUCAGACUGGCCAGUUCUGGAAACAAUAGCUAACCAGGGUAUUCUUAUUAUAGGUAUGAGUAUAGAACGGUUAGUAGAACCUGGAGAUCCAGAUACAAACCAAGCAUUCAUUAACUUUAGAAACAGAUUUGUGCAACAAAACUGCCAUAGAGAUGAACAAGUCAGAACCUGGGUCACGUCGGAGAUACCAGAUAUUGGAACAGAUCCUUCUCUCUUCAUCUCAACAAAACCUAAGGAACAGAUGCCCUUCAUCUUUAAGAUCGGAGUCUUUCUCAUCCUCUCAUCUUUCUGUUUGAGCUGCCCACUCAGAACUCUGAUAAGGAAAAGAACUAAACUCAUCCCACUCAAAGUCCGAAAGGUUUACUUUGCCGACCCGGAUAAAUUGAGUCCUUAUCUGGGUCCUAUGAACAAUGGACCCGGACACACAACCACACCUGGGUUCGGAGCUAAGGGAUCAAUGCUGCAUAAUGGAUCUCACUCUAUGCAAAAAGUACUGUUGGAUGCUGCUUUGAACCAGCAUGAACAUUUGUUGGAUUCUAACCCUUUAAACAACACCUUGCAUGCUCUCACCCCUAAUCUAGAUGUUGGUGAAAACCUGAUUUAUAAGAAUAUUUGCAAACCAGGGAAUCAAAAAUUCGUUCUGCUCUCCCCAAUGAUUGGAAGUAAACCCAUGAUCCUGUCUCCGAUAUUUGAGAGCAGGGACGAGAGGAAAGAGCAGAGCGGAUUUGUUCUCCUUCCAAUUCAAACUUUUGAGAAUACUCUUCCAAUCCCAACCUUUAGAGAACAGACAAACACUGACACAAACAUUCAAACACAAUCUAGAAUACUCUGUAAUACUCCCGUCAUCACUCCUCUUAGAUCCAUUAACACUUCAUUUGGUGUCGCUAGUUCUCCCUUUAGUACUCCCAACUCCUCAGUACAGAGUACAAGUACUGCCUGUACUGCUGUGAGGAGUUCUGAGUACAGUAUAUCUGUGCAAAACAAUCUAUCCUCCUCCACCACCACCCCCGCUCCUUUCUCUACGAUUUCAGAUCUAAAGGAUAUUUCUGGUUUGGAUAAAUCUAAUCUAAGAGGUGGACAGAUGGAUGGAUACAAUCUACAGUAUUCAACAAACCAACAGGGUUUGUACGGAAAGGAUCCAAUUUACCACGGAAAAGAUCCAAUGUAUCAAGGUAAAGAUCCCUCCUAUCUUGGAAAGGAUCCAUUGUAUCCAGGAAAGGAUCCCUUGUAUCCAGGAAAGGAUCCCCUGUACCCUGGAAAGGAUCCCUUGUAUCCUGGAAAGGAUCCCUUGUAUCCUGGAAAGGAUCCCUUGUACCCUGGAAAGGAUCUAUCAGGAGUUUACCUACCUGGAAAGGAUUACUAUGAUGAAUCCCUAUAUUCUGGAAGAAAAGCUGGUCCUCCAAUCAGUUUGCACAACAACUUUGGAGACGGAUAUUACGAAGAGGAGGAGAGACAUUAUGCAUCCUCAACCCAUCCAAGGGUUGCUAUGCUCAAGAACACAAAUAUUGAGACGGAUAUGAGAGGUCGAGAAUUCAGGGAAAACCGCAGGGUUCAUUAUCAGGAGCGAGAUUUCCGAAGACUGCAGAGUCCUAGUCCAGGACCAAGACAGAGAGCAGCAUAUCCAGGUCAGCAUCGGAGCAGACGAGCUGACGGAGACGAAUCCUGGACUCCUGGUUCAGGAUAUGGUUACCAACAAUCAUUUCCGGAGGAGGAAGUUCAAUAUAAUGCUUGAAGAAAAAAUAGGAAUUGUGUCGGUAGAAGAUUCAAGAACUCACUAAAUCUACUGUUUAGGAAUUGUGUCUGUAGAAGAUUGAAGAACUCACUAUUGUUAUAUUUACAAAUAUUGUUGACAUUUAUUUUCUAUCUAAAUCCUAUCCCGCAAAUUUACGUAUUGGGAACUUUUUCUAUGAUUUAUUUGUGAUUAAACCUGCAGAUUUAUAGAUUUGUUUGAUAAGAGAUUUAAUAAUAUAAAAUAUAUUGUUACUAAAAUAA